AUGAUUCAGAGUUACACGAGGCUCCACGUCGCGGACAACAGUGGCGCGCGACGAAUCCGCCUGAUCAACAUUCCAGGCUCCAGCCGUCGCAAGUACGCAUCGGUGGGCGACAUCAUCGUCUGCACGCAGUUGCCACGCGGCACUCGCAUAUUUGGCCCGGUAGCCCGGGAACUGCGCGACAAAGGAUUCAUGCGGAUCGUGUCGUUGGCCCCUGAGGUAGUGUAA